AACGGGGAAAUGGAAAACGAAACUUUAAUCAAGCUCUCAGCUUUUGCAUCAAAGGCAGCACAGAGAAAAAAACGAGAGAGAAGGCUUUAAAAGGAAGAUCACAAACAAGGAAACUCCAAUUGUUUUUCUUCUUUGCAACUGGUUGGUGGGGUAAUUAAUUUUCCAGUCUCAUUCAUCGUCAUUAUCAUUUUUAUUACUGGAGGAGAAAGGUGUUUUAGACUAACAGGCGUGAAAGUACCUGGUGUUUCCUGAUCAUUAGGGGCAACAAUGCAACGACUAGGAUUUGAUCCAGUGGUGAUUGCAGACAUGCUAAAACAAGCUGGGAAUGAUCUCUAUAAAAAAGGCCACUAUCCACAAGCUCUUGUAAAAUAUGAUGAAGCCAUAACUAUCAUUUCUCAGAUUGUUUUUACAGGGGACUUUAGAAAGGAGUUGGCAGUGCUAUUUUGCAAUCGGGCAAACUGUCUGUUUAAACUUUACCGUUGGGAAGAGUCAUUAUUUUCUGCAUUACAUAGUUUUCAGCAAGAUCAGCAUCAUGUAAAGGCAUUUUACCGUGCAGGUUGUUGCUUUGUUAAGUUGAACAACUUAAGCAACGCAUUAGAGAUGUUCAAGAAUGGACUUCAGAAUAUGUCUGAGAUGUGUAAAAAAGAGGAUGUUGCAGAAUUUCUUACUGAAAUAUUGACUGUACUCGAAGUUUAUGAGUUACUAGAGCUUGCAUUCAAUAAAAGAAAGUUAAGAGGAAAGUAA